AUGUUUUUUAUACUAUUACUAUCUUUUGAGUUUGUUCACACGAGUUCCAUUUUUGGAGACGUACUAAUACCAUCAGAGAAAGUACCAAUAUCAAAUGACACCAUAAUCGAAAACGUAUCAGAUAUACCUGAAGAGAAUUACGAGAAGAUUGUGGGCGGCGUUGAGACUGAUAUAGAGAAACGGCCGUAUCAGGUGGCCCUGAUAUUGGACAACAAAUAUUUUUGUGGAGGCUUCAUUAUAAGCGAGAAUUAUGUUUUGACCGCAGCCCAUUGCGCUGAAGGAAUCGCCCCAGAAAACGUGACAAUGCGAAUCGGUAGCUCAUGGCGAAGGAAUGGUACGAUAGUCCCUAUAUCAGAAGUGUGGACUCAUCCGGAAUACGGCCAACCCACGUUUGAUAAGGAUGUCGCUGUGCUGAAGACUGCUUCGCCAUUGGAGUUCAAUGAUCGUGUGCAACCAGUGAAGUUGCCACCGUUAGGACGGCCCAUGGUCGGUAGUACGGACAUUGAUGUUAGCGGCUGGGGACGUACUCAGCAAGGAGCACCAACAAUACCCGAGAGACUGAUGGAAGUGACCAUACCAGUAGUCAACUAUUACCAGUGCUUUUUGUCAUACUACGCUUACUUGACGAAGAACAUGUUCUGUGCUGGUAAUUUCUUCUUGGGUGGGAAGGGAACCUGUCAGGGUGACUCCGGUGGUGCAGCAGUUCAAGAUGGAUACUGUGUUGGAAUAGUGUCCUUUGGCCGCGGCUGCGCACAACCAUUAUCGCCAAGUGUGUUCGCAAACAUCGCGCAACCCGAUAUCAGAAACUUCAUUAGGGAACACACAGGUUUAUAGAUUUGGAUG